AGUAACAAUAUUAGUAAUAAACACUUAUAUUAUAUUGACGGAUGAUGGGGCUAUAGACAUAUGCAGAGCAUUCCUGAUUUUUUCGGCAUUUUUUUGUUUAUGCUAAACGUCAGUUUUAUGUCAGUUUCUAUCGAAGAAAUAGAAAAAAAAGUUUUAAAGCAUUUUUAAAUAGAUAUAUUUCUGCUCAAGUAAAAAACGUACAGUAUUUAGUGAAGCCAUGUCUAAUUCUAAUAAUACAAAAGUUAAAGAAUUCUAUACAAACGAUAUAAUUUAUAGAUUUGAUAAGCACAAGAAAAUAAUUUUUGGAGUUGUUGUUGAUAGUUACGAAGGCUCUUCAGAUGUAGAUGAAAAUCAUACUUUGCAAAAAGGGCAAAUUAGAGUUUUGUGGAACAAUAAUUCUCGAGAACAGGUAUGGAGACAAAGCAAAGUUCGAUUAAUUAACAGAUGCAUAAUACCAGGUGAUAUUGUGCGAAGAUUAGAAAAUGGAAAAGAGACCCAAAGAGGAUACUGCAAAGAUACCAAGCAAGUUGCUACUAUACAAAUUGUCGGUACUGAUGUAAUCGUUGAACAUAUUCCCAGCGAAAGAUUACAUAGUGUUAGGCCUUAUGAUGUUGAUGAUGCAGUUUGCUUGGGUAAUAAAUUCGGAAGAAUCGAAACUGUGGAACAAAUGGUUUCAAUGCAAUCAAAAUGUGGUUCAAUAGUCGAUGUUCUCACUAGUAUUAAUCAUGAUCUUGAUGAUUAUUGGUUGUCCAAAAGGAACAGGAUAUCUUUUGAUGCAUAUUAUCCUGGACAAGAAGUGAUAUGUAUACCGAACAAUUUUGAACAGCCCCAUUGGAUAAAAAAAUCGAAAUCUAUGAAAAGAAAUAUCCAAACUCGUCAACGUUUCACCGUCCAAAACGUCGAAGACGUGUUAAUAGAAGUAGCUUGGUAUAAUAACAAUUUGGGUUAUUCGAAUAUAACGGAAAUAUCACAAGAAGAUAUAAAAAAAUUGAAGGUGCUGGAACAUCCUAGUGAUACGUUUUUGGAAUUAUCGGAUCGUAAAUUGUUGAAAUUAUCAUCUGGUGAUGUUUUGUUGAAGAAAAAAGACUGGAUGAAAAAGUUUUCGUUGAUGUACAAACCAGAUGUGCCUAAAGUGAGGCAUAUUGUCAGCUGCAAUUCCAAAAUGAAUACCAGAAUAUCUAAAAUUAGUCGUUCAUCAUUAGUUUACCCAGCAAACGAAGAAAUAACUGCAAACGAUGAGGAAGAAUGGUGGACAGAGGAAUCCGAAGAAUCUGAAGAUGGUGAACUAUCCCAAAUUAGUAUCACCAAACCAAAGAAGAAGCACUACCCACCAAAACCGAGAGAUCUAAUACCUGGCAAUACAUUAGCUGUUGAGGUGAUAUGCAUCGAAUCAAAAAUAGAUGUAGUUUGGCAAGACGGUACCGAAGAAAACGAUAUACCCUCAACUACAUUGUAUUAUUCUAUUUCGUUGGAUGAUCAUGAAUUCUUUCCGGGUGAAUGGGUGUUACAUGAAAAUACUGCUGAUAAUGUUAAUUAUGGUGUCGUUCAAUAUGUCAAUUCUUUGGAAAGAACUGCCAACAUUAAAUGGUUCACAUAUUCAGAUAACGAAAAGAAACUAACCGAAUCGUCGAUGAAUGAAAUGAGCGUUUACGAUUUAAAGAAACAUUCGAAAUUCGUUUUCCGUCCACGUAGCAUAGUUAAAUCCAAACCAACUCAAAAUGAUAAAAUGGGAAAAGUUGUAGACAGUUGCAUCGAAGGAUACGUCAAGGUCCAAUGGAUAGAUGGAACGGAAGAAAACUGUUGGCCGCAAGAUAUUGAACUCAUUCCGGAUACAUCAGAUUUGGAUUUUACAGAUGAGGAAUCUUCAGACGAAGACGCCGCUUGCGUAUCUUGGGAAACUGAAAGUAUAGAAUCUUACGCCGGGGAUUUAUCAGACGAAACCGUUCUGCAAAAUUUAGCUGCCAGAUUGGAUUUUGUCAGAAACAGGAUUAUUUAUUUGAGGGAUGCUUUUAAACAGCACACUAUAUCGGAAACUUUUACGUUCGUGAAAGAUCUUUUGUUGAUUUACGAAAAUUCGAGUUAUUUGGAUAAACUUUUGGGCACUUCGUAUUUCAGUUUGAAAAGUAAACAUUUCCAAGUGUUGUUACUCCAAGCCAAAGAAAAAGCGAAAUCUUCCGGUAUCGAAUUAAAGGGUAGACUCUUUUCGAGCGACAAUUUUUGUCCGUCCAUAUCGAAAAUUAAAUUAGCCGAAAAAGAGAAUAUCAAUAAAAUGAUCAAAUUAGAAAAUAAAAUAAACGCGCAAAUCGAAAAGAAGGAUUGUAAGGAAUCGACCGCACCUACGACUCCUCUAACGCCAGAUAGCACCGACAUUUCUUCGUCUACCUCUCAAGACAAUCUAUGUUUAGAAUUACUUUCGAUGCUCAAAGUUCGUAUGGAUUUAGCUUACGCGGAAAUAAUAAGUCGUAUCGGUGGUAAUCAAGCGUUAACUGUACUAACUAAAGCUUCGGAAAACGUUGCGACGCCUUGUAGUUCGACGCCCCUACCGAGCGUACCAACCACGCCCGACGAUUCUUUUUCAUCGUUGAGUCCGUUGAAAUCGAAAUUUCUAUCGAAAGGAAGCGAAAACGAACCUUAUUUACUAUUGGACGAAGCGCCAGUUACCCAUCACUAUUUCGAUAGUAAAUUCGAACCGACAGAUCUACAAAGAUUCUUAAAAUCAGUUCAAAAAGAAUACAAACUAUUGAAAGAUUCCCUUCCGUCUGGAGUUUGGGUGCGUUCGUAUAGCAAUCGAAUAGAUCUACUUUCUGUAUUAAUUCGGGGACCUGAUAAAACCCCUUACGAAGACGGUUUAUUUCUCUUCGAUAUACAACUAAGUACAGAUUAUCCUCGAUCGCCUCCUAUAGUACAUUACAUAAGUUACAGUUCGGAAAGAUUGAAUCCGAAUUUGUACGUCGAAGGUAAAGUUUGUAUAUCGCUGUUGGGUACUUGGAUGGGGAGGGGUACCGAAGUUUGGGGUCCGAACAGUACUUUGUUACAACUGAUAGUCUCCAUCCAAGGAUUGAUUCUAGUUUCCGAGCCUUAUUACAACGAAGCUGGAUACGAGAAACAAACUGAUACACAACAAGGUUAUGAAAAUUCUCGUACCUACAACGAGUUGGUGAUAUUGAAAUUGAUUCAAUCGAUGAAGGAAAUGUUGCAAUCGCCUCCGGAAACGUUUAAAAGAGAAAUAAUUUGGCAUUUUACAAGAAACGGUCGUAAAUUGUGCGAACGGCUACGUAAUUAUUGUUUGGAAGUGGAUCCUUUGAUCCCCGAAUUUCCUUUGGUACCGGUUAGUAAAGGACUAAAAUUAUCUCUAAGUUCCGCGUUGAGUGCUUUCGAAAAAGUACUAGAUCGAAUCGGUGAUAAUAAUACCAUUGAAAUAUCAAGCGAAACUAAAUAAUUUUUUUUAUACAUAUAUAAAUUUUUCGUUUAUUUAUUUGUUGUCGUUAAAAUAUCGAAAUAAUAUAUUUUUAAAGCGCAAUAACGUUUUUCUCAAAAAAAAAAUGAGUUCAAUAUAUUGCGACUCCUUUCCUCUUCAGGCUUUUCUUAAUGUGGUAGAAAUAUUGUUUACUUCAAACAUAAGAAAGUUAGGUUAAGUUGUUCGGUAUUCUUCUUUCCCCUGCAACUAGUCCUUUAUCUAUAUAUUUAAAAAAAUCUUAGUGAAGUUCACAGAUUUGGUUUUAAAAAACGUCAAAAUUCAAAUUAAAACAUCAGAUUUAGAUGAUUAAACCUCUUUUGCGUUAAAAAUUGAUAUCCAGUGUUAAAAUAUACUUUAAAUUGUUUUAAUUGACAAUUUUUCUCCGUUUAUAGUAAAUUUUAGAAUUUCAGAAUAUAUAGUAAGUGGAUAAUUAUAUAGGUAACGUACAAGUUGUAAAAACAAAGAAAAAGAAGAAUAACCUAACAUUUUUCUUUACUAUGUAUAUCGUUAAAUAAUUCAGUUGUUUCCUUCAUUUUCACUUGCGAUUUGUUAGUCGCUUAUCAAAAAGUUGCCUUAAUCAACGCUUAGUUAGUUGAAAAUUAUAUAGGAUGCAAAAUAUGUCGAAAUUUUCAUUUUAUGUCUUAAGUUUUACUAUGUUCUGUUCACUGUCCAUUAUUAUUUAUUGUUUUUUAUUCUAAAUAAAAGACUUGUGGGCUAAAUCAACUCAGAAACAAUGUAUAUUAUCAUUUUUUUUUGUUUUGAAUUUAUUGUUCAAUGCAAACAUUUUCCGCUACUACCUAGGUGAUUUAGAAGAUAUAAAUAGCAAAAAUGCUGAUUUAAUUAAUACUACUAAUGUAUAUCAAAAUUUGACGUUUAUUUUCAACUUAAACUCAUCUUUUUGUCAAUUUACUCUUUAUUAAAAAUAAAAUCCCAUUUAUAUAUUUCUAGGACAUUUUGGUGGUUCAAUUCGUAUUAAAUUAUCAGAUAAUAUCAAAUAUCUGACAGAAUCCUUAUUAAUUCAGAAUAAUCGUGAUAAUUAUAAAAAAAUUUAUCAAAAAUGUGCCUGUUUUAACUUAGCUGGUAGUUCAAAUUUUGAAUCCCAGUAGUUCAAAUGUUAUAUUCCUAAUAGCCAGACACACAUAAAUUAAAAAAUACACCGAAUUCUGAAUCACCAGUAGUUCAAAUGUACCGUCUGUAACAGGUAAAGAAAAAUCAAGACUUCUUAACCAGUAGUUCAAAUGACCCAUUUGUACUAGUUACCCAAAAUGAUUUAAAAACGGGUCGAAUUUUAAAUUGCAAGUAGUUCAAAUGACACAUUUGACAAAGAUAAAUAAAAUAAUCAAAAUUUUGAUUCCACAAAACAACUUUUAUCAGUUAUAAAUAAUUGUUUAUUUAAUGAUCUAACUCUGUAUAUUCCACAUUAAAGUUACCUUGUUUAACUGUAGUUUUGAAACAAAAAAAUAAAAAUUAUGGUAUUGAAUUUACAAAUAUAUUAGUGUUGAAAAAAUUUCAUUUAUUUUGUAUUAAUUCUAAAUUAAAUACGGAGAGGUUGAUAAAUUGAUGAUUUCACUCAAGUAAAUUGAUCAGUAACCCAAAUAAUAAAGUUUUUCAUGUUAAAUUGUCUUGAUUUUAAGUCUCUUUUGAUGGAAAAUUUGAAAAAUCCGGUAAAAUAGGUUGCAUGACAAUUAUUACCAUUUUUUGAUGAAAAGAAACCUAAAAAUCAAAAUGAUUUAUCCAGAUAAACUUAUACAAAGGUCUAAGUGAAAUAUUGAUAUUAAUCCAGUUUAUGAUAAAUUUUUUAAAAAAUACUGUCUAAAACAAACUUGUUGUAAUUAAUGAAUAUUUAUGAAUUUUAUUGGUUUACAAUUGAAAAUUACCCAGAACUACAUUAUUUUUCAGCACUAUAGAAAGGUUUAAGAAACAUUAUUCUCUUUCUAAAUGAAAAUGUGACCUAAAUAGUAAUUGUAACGGAAAUUUGAGAACUAUUAGAAUCGGAAAAAUUCUACAGCUUAUUUAGGUACAUUCGUUAUAUAGCACGAGCCAUUAUUCAAUUUGAAUGUUUGAGAAUUGUCAAGUUACAAAAAUUUAUAAACUUAAAGGCAAAAUUGUUAAAAAAUUAGUUGGUUCUUCAAUUUCUGAACCUCUCCAUAUUUUCUUUCCACUUUUGUCUGUGAUCCAAUAAAAUUAUUGAAAAAUAAACCUUUUAUACUAACCUUAUUAUUUAUUGAUUAGUUUUAAGUGAAUAUUUUUUGUUUUAGUUUCAUAAUUAUCAAUAAAUAUUUAUUAAAAGUACACUUGGGGUGUAUUUGGUUCGAACUUUCAAAUGAUCACAAAUUUUUCUUGUAUUAUCUUAUAACUACGCCAUUUUUUCGAAAUUAUCCAAAAUUCACGUCCCCACAACGCUUCCAACAAGUUUAAAAGUUAAGCGUUUUCACCAAUUUUUGUUGUUAGUGCCCCACGUACAAUCUUGAUAGCAGACUUAUGUACUAAGUAGAAGUUGCUCCUAUUAGACUUAAAACAUUUAUUGCCAAUGUUAUAAAAAUAUUGCCCCUAUUGCAAUAUUGUUAGUGCUUUAGCCAAUUUUUGAGCAAAACAAUGAUAGCACAAAUAAAUUGUAAAUAUUUACAGUUUUCAAUAAAGAAUUGUUGACUA